AUGCAUCUUGCACGACUUUUUGAUUCUUCUAGGACAACUGAUGGGGAUUAUUCACUUGAAGCACUUACAAGUGACCCAAAGAUCAUGUCUCAAGGAAACUCAGUUGAUGAUGUUGAAUUAAUCAGUGGAAAGAUGUCAAUGAAAUCCAUCUUUGGUAAGAAAAAAUUAAAGAAAGAUGGAACUGAAGGAAAAAUUAUCACACUUCGUCCUGUUGAUGUUCUACAAAGAGAAGAACGAAGAUCGUGGAUCAGAUAUUCUGCUUUAGAUGCAGUGAAUACAUUAAAACUUUUUAAUCGCUUGAAAGAAAAACUUAUGCAUGUACCAUGGUUUUUGAAAGGCAGUAUACAAGGAACAAUGUAUGACUUCUAUGAAAAGUGCUGGCGCCCUUUUGGUGUUCUAUUAGUAAAGAUGGAAUCUGAAGGAAUUCUGGUCGAUAAAGUCCAUCUAUCAAAGAUUGAAAAUCUUGCUGUUGGUGAUAAGCAAAUAGUUGCAGAUAAAUUCAGACGGGGGGCAUCCAAGUACUGUGAGGAUGCCAAGUAUAUGAAUGUGGGAAGUAAUACUGAAAUAAGGCAGCUGCUAUUUGAUGACACAUCGAGGAGUACUUGGAAGACCAAAUUUACCUUGUUGGUUAUCAAGUUGCAUGUUGCAGUGACGGAAGAUGGUAGAAGUGGUCUAUGUGUGCACCAAUCAAGGUUGCUUGAUGUUAUGAUUGUUACACAUCAAGUUAAUCACACUAUUUAUGAACUGCUUUACCUAGGUCGAAAUGAGAUGAAUUUUGAGUCAAAGCCGUUGUCGAAGUUAUUUAAGGUCCUUAAUACUGAGAAAAUAUUUGAAGAAGGGAAGAAGGCUCCUCUCAAGUAUCGUACAAUUCAUUUACAUAAGAUUUGUGAAGGUUUGCAAACCGAUAUGUAUACAACUAGUGGGUUUCCGUCUUUAAGUGCUGAUGCUCUAAAAGUAUUUGCUGGAAACAUCCCCAGCAAUCAGAUUUAUCGGAUUGAUAAUGCAUGUAAUGAUGAGUAUGUCACUGAAGAAGGGAUAAUGGACGACCACAAGCUGUCAGAUACAGGGACAGAUUAUGAAGACUGCUCUUAUGGUACUUCAUUUGAGGCAUUUGGAGGAGGCAAUAAAGGAAGGGAGGCCUGUGAAGCUAUUGCUGCUCUUUGUGAAACUUCUGCCAUUGAUUCACUGAUAACAAAUUUCAUUAUUCCCUUGCAGAUCAAAGAAGCUGAGCAAACAAGUAAAAGUUACCAGCAAAAGGUUACUUAUCUCAUUUUCAAUCUCUAUUUCAGUAGAAUUUACAGCAUCUUUAAUUUCCCUUAUGUAAGUAACAAACUGCAAAAGGUUGACGAGUUCGACUGCUAUCUCGUCAUCGUCAUCUUCUGA